AUGGUUCACUCCUACGGUUACAAGUGUGGCACCCGCCACCUCUUCGCGAAGAAGUUCCGCAAGCACGGCGUGCCCUCCGUGAGCACCAUCCUCACAAACUUCAAGGUCGGCGACUACGUCGAUGUCGUGGCGGACUCCGCCGUGCGCGCUGGCAUGCCGCACAAGUACUACCACGGCCGCACAGGCAUCGUGUGGAACGUCACUCCCCGCGGUGUUGGCGUUAUUGUGAACAAGCCAGUCCGCAACCGCACCAUCCGCAAGCGCAUCUGCGUGCGCUUCGAGCACGUUCGCAAGUCACGUUGCCAGGAGGCGUUCAAGCAGAAGCAGAAGGACUUUGUUGCCUUCCAGGCUGCGAAGAAGGCGGGCAAGCCACUGCCAAAGGCCAAGAAGAGCAGCCGUAACGGUCAUAUUGUGCGCCCAAAGAACGUUGAGGUCCUUGCCCGUCGCACUGCUGACUACGAGGCAAUGAUCCCAUACUAG